AUGCUGGAGAGCAAAUCUGGGAGGUGCAAUGAGGCUCAGCCUCAGAUGUCUUGUACUGUAAUCUCACAGUUCAAGAUAAUUGGGGUUGGAAACGUGUGUUUGUGCAUGUCUUCAGGGACCCAGUUUGUUCUAAAUGGUUCGCCUUUCCUUUUCAAUGGGUUCAACUCAUACUGGAUGAUGAAUGUUGCAACUAACCCAAGCGACAGGUUCAAAGUCUCUGAAGUGUUCCGAGAUGCUGCUGUUGCUGGACUUUCUGUCUGUCGGACUUGGGCUUUUGCGGAUGGAGGUGACAAAGCACUGCAAAUAUCACCUGGCACUUAG